ACAUAAAAAUUGAAAUGUGAACGCAAAAACAAGAAAUUUUUUAAAAAUCUUUCCUCAGUUUCUUCUUAUGGGAUCAACAAAGAACAAGACUAGCCUCUUUCUUGAUUUCCGAAAGAUCUGUUUUUUUUUUUCUCUCAUUAAAAACUUUGAAUUUUUCUUUCUUCCCUUUAAAAAUUCGAUCUUUUUCUUCAGCUAAAACCCUCAAGAUUGUAGUAAGGUUCUUGAUUCGACACUUAUCUCUCUCUCUCUAUCUUCUUGGACUGUGUUCUUUCUGGGUAAUGUUAAGUGAUUCUGCGUUUUUUUUUUGUAAUCAAGAAUUGAAUCUGUUGAUGAGUUUUGAUGUAAAGGUCUGAUCUUUAGCUAUUUCGUGUUUCAUGAGUUCUGAUAUAAAGGUCUGAUCUUUUAGGANGGACCAAAUGAGUGCGCCUGUUUUACUGUGUGACGGCUUCGAUGUGCGGCGAACUGUUAUCGGGAAGUUAAACGACGAUGAGUCAUCGACGGUUACGGUAACCACCGAGGAAGACGACGACGAAGCUGUGUUUUCCGGUGAUAGCUUACUUGAGGAAGAAGAGUGGUCUGGAGAGAAUCGUUUCUGUUUUUACUUCGUUAAGCAGUUCGCUUACGAUAACCCUGAGAUUAAGACCAAGAUUGGUGAAGCUAAUGAUGAGAUUUAUCACUGUAACACUGACCGGAUUCACAUUGCUAACAGCUUGAAAUCCAAAAGGGCUGAGAGAUUGUCUCUGGUUGCUUCAGUGGAGAAAUUGGUCUCGUCACUUGAUGAAUACAAUGCCAUAUUUCCUUAUCAUCAGUCUGUGACGACUCUGGAGAUGAACAAGGAUCAAGAAGUGGUUACAGGGGAAAUUUAUAGCUUGAGUGAGAGGUUAAGUGAGAUUAAGAUGGAAAUUGAGUUGUUGGAUGUUCAAAUGGCUUCUGUGCUUGAUCAAAGAGACAAAGCCGUCGAAAGGAUUAAGAUGUUGAGAUUACAACGUGACAAGGGGAAUGCAGCCUUUUUCCAGAGUCGUGUUGUGAUCAUGAAAGCCAUUGAAUUGGCUGCUUCUGGAAAUGUUAGAGAUCUUGAAGAGCUUGCUAAUUCCGAGGUUGAAAAAUUUAUGUCUCGUUGGAACAAUGACAAGGCUUUUAGGGAAGAUUACAAGAAAAGAAUCUUGCCUUCACUUGAGGAGCCAAAGCUGAGGCGCAAUGGGCAGAUUAAGGAUUCGGAAGGCGAUGUAGAUACUGAGCAUGGAAGUGAAACAGCAGGGGAGAAGGCAAUAGAACUCAAGAGGUUUAGUACUGAGGAGGAGAUUGAUGAUUGUAUGGAUAUUGAUAUCCCGGUGUAUGAGAAGCUUGAAAAGGAUAAAGAAGAGAUUGAUGAAGAAAUUUUGAAAGAGAGGAAACGAGAAGAACAGAUAGAGAAAGCUAGGCUAGCAAUGGAAAGGAAGAGGAAGCUACAUGAAAAAGCUGCUGCUAAAGCUGCCAUAAGAGUUAAAAAGGAAGCUGAAAAGAAACUUAAGGAACUUGAGAAGAAAGCGAAGAAGAAGAAGGCUUCUUUGGAUGUAGAUAGAAGAAGAGAGACAGUCACCGAUGCAUCAAAACCAGAAAAGGAGAAACUAUUAAAUGGGAGAUCAGUGUUUCAGAAACAGAGAAGUUUUAGGUAUAGAUAUUACGAAAAAGGAAAUGAGGCUGUCCUAAAAGCCAUCCUGAAGCGUAGAAAAGCUUAUAGGUUAUGGGUUUGGACUGUUUCUUCCGCUGCAGUUGUUCUCCUGGUUGCUCUCCUGGUUUUCUUCUAUUACUUUGGAUGAGGGGAAGAAGAUUAACAAAGGUUUGUUUGUCUGUCUUUUGGAGAGUUAAGUGAUGAGCAAACAGGUUCAAGGUUUAUAGUUAGUUUAGAAGCAAAUGACAUUGGCAAUAAUGUCAUAGUCAAUGGAGUAGACUUGAACAGUCGUUUUCAGAGUCGUAGAGACAUUCACCUCCACGAUGAAAUAUGUUUGACAUCUCAAAGCUGAUUCGGUCGAACACAGCAUGACCUAGUCACUCUGAAAAAGCGCUGGCGCAAGGAUCAGGUCAAGAUGUUUGAUCGGAACAACUUUAUGACCUCAAGAAAUCUCUCCAUGGAUGCAAAUGUCUUGACAAUGACUCCAAAUGCAGUUACUUUUAGUUGACUUGUAGGAACCAAAAGGCAUCCUCUUACUCUUAGUCUUGUGUAUUAGCUUUAGAAUGUCUGUACAUGGAAGAGAGACCUCAUGAUUUUUUUUUUACUAUUUUUACAUAAACAAAACUUAUGUUUAUGUACUUACCAUUUUAUUACA